CUAUGGUCCCUUUUUUCUCUCCUUUUAUUCUUCCAUUUUUGUUCAUCUUUCCAACGUUCACUCUGUUUUCUUCUUUCUCUCUCCCUUUAUUCUAUAAAAACAUCCGUUCUUUUCUCUUUCACCAACUGGUUUUUCUUUAGCUCUUCAAAAAUCAAAUCAAUUCCCUUCCUAUCUGUUAAAAGAAAUCUCCAAUUUUGAUCCUUUUUUAAACUACCCUCUUUGAUUCAAUAAUCCCAAGUUGUUCUUUUGUAACCAAUUCGAAAAUUUUAAGUUUUUUUUUUAAAUGGUGGUGAAGAUGAUGAGGUGGCGACCAUGGCCGCCUCUAUCAUCGAAAAAAUACGAGGUUAAGUUAAUUGUAAGGAGGCUAGAAGGGUGGGAUCCGGUGAGGGAAAGUACAGAUAAGCCGGAGAAAUUAACGGUGGAGAUUCGAUGGAAAGGUCCAAAGGCUUCCCUUAGUUCUUUAAGACGAACGGUCAAGAGGAAUUUCACGAAAGAAGCCGACGCCGGUGACCAAAACGGCGUCGUUCUAUGGGAUGAAGAGUUCCAAACCCUUUGUAGCUUAUCGGCUUAUAAAGAAAACGUUUUUCAUCCAUGGGAGAUCACUUUCUCUGUCUUGAAUGGCUUGAAUCAGGGAGCUAAGAACAAGUUUCCUUUGAUCAUCGGGACAGCAUCGAUGAAUCUCGGUGAAUAUGCUUCUUCUUCGGAACAGAAAGGGUUCGAGUUAAAUUUCCCACUCACAGUCUCCGCUGGUGCUACCAAGCCUGGUCUGCAACUUUGUAUAUCGCUUAGUUUGUUGGAAUUACGAGCUGCUCAAGAAACUGUUGAGCCGGUACAAAGAGCAUUAGUACCCAUUGUUGCAUCGCCUCUCCCGGUCUCGAUGGAAAAGGAUGAGGUUUCGGCAAUUAAAGCUGGUCUUAGAAAAGUGAAAAUUUUUACAGAGUAUGUUUCUACAAGGACAGCAAAAAAGGCUUGUCGUGACGAUGAGGGAAGUGAUGGAAGGUGUUCUGCUAGGAGUGAUGAUGGUGAGUAUCCGUUGGACACAGAUUCACUUGAUGAAUUCGACGAAGGAGAAUCGGAUGAGGGAAAGGAUGAUUCGGUUGUUCGGAAGUCAUUUAGUUACGGUACUUUGGCGUAUGCAAAUUUUGCUGGAGGAUCGUUUUACUCCAGUUUGAAGAUCGAGGAAGGUGAGGAUUGGGUUUACUACAGCAAUUGUAAAUCCGAUGUUGGCUGCUCAAAUGUUGAGGAUUCUGCUACAUCAGUGUUGGAGCCUUCAUUGCUGCAGAGUUCGAAACGCAGCAUUUUGCCUUGGAGAAAAAGGAAACUGAGUUUCAGAUCCCCGAAAGCCAAAGGGGAGCCAUUGUUGAAGAAAUCAUAUGGAGAAGAAGGUGGAGAUGACAUCGAUUUUGACCGCCGUCAACUUAGCUCGGAUGAAUCUCUUGCACUCGGGUGGCACAAAGAUGAAGAUUCAUCUGCUAAUCGUUCUUCGGUUUCUGAAUUCGGGGAUGAUAAUUUUGCUGUUGGGACUUGGGAACAAAAAGAAGUGGUAAGCCGUGAUGGACACAUGAAGCUUCGAGCGCAAGUCUUCUUUGCUUCUAUUGAUCAACGAAACGAGCGAGCUGCCGGUGAAAGUGCAUGUACGGCCCUUGUUGCUGUUAUUGCCGAUUGGUUUCAGAAGAAUCGUGAUCUGAUGCCAAUUAAGUCUCAACUUGAUAGUUUGAUCAGAGACGGCUCGCUGGAAUGGAGGAAUCUCUGUGAAAAUGAGACUUAUAGGGAGCGGUUCCCCGACAAGCACUUUGAUCUCGAGACUGUUCUCCAAGCAAAAAUACGUCCCCUUACUGUAGUUCCAAGAAAGUCCUUUAUCGGGUUUUUCCAUCCGGAGGGAAUGGAUGAGGAAAAGUUUGAUUUUUUGCAUGGUGCAAUGUCUUUUGAUAGCAUUUGGGAUGAGAUCAAUCGUGCCGGUGAAGAAUGUCUAAAAAGUGGUGAAUCGCAUGUUUACAUCGUUAGUUGGAACGACCAUUUUUUUAUCCUUAAGGUCGAACCGGAAGCUUACUACAUCAUCGACACAUUAGGAGAGCGGCUUUAUGAAGGAUGCAAUCAAGCUUACAUUUUGAAAUUCGACAACAAUACCGUAAUUCACAAGCUACCAAAUGCAACUCAAUCAUCAGAUGAGAAACCAACUGGUGAUCAGCAGGUAGCACCAGCUACGACCGAACCGCAAAUUUCACAGGCUCAACAAGUCAACAGUAAGGAAGACGGUUCUGUUUCAGGAUCCGUAUUAACCAAACCCGCAGAACCCGAGGAGGUUGUGUGUCAAGGAAAAGAGUCUUGCAAGGAAUACAUAAAGAGCUUCUUAGCUGCUAUACCUAUUAGGGAAAUGCAAGCUGAUAUUAAGAAGGGUUUAAUGGCAUCAACACCGUUACAUCACCGGUUACAAAUCGAAUUCCAAUAUACCGAGUUCUGGCAACCAAAACCUGAGACUUCUGCAACUCCGAUGACAACAACAAAACCGCUGUUGGUCGAAGUUCCGUUAACUGAAGUUGCUGCAUAGAGAAAACUUACUGUAAAUUCUAGGAAGAAGUGUUAUUUACCCUAACUUGUUUUAACAAAAGGGGAACUCGUUGUUAUGUUAUUUGAACUCGGGUGUAUGUUUAAACAUGGAUUAGUUUUGAUCUUUGUCAAAA